AUGUCACUGGCGGCGGGCGGCCUGGGGCGGUGGAGGGGCGGGCGCAAGCUCAAGGGCGACCUGCUGACUGCGGGCGGCGGCGUGAUGCCCGAUCCGCUCCAGAUGGCGGCGGCGGCGGCGGAGCGCAGGAGCCUGGUGGAAGACGCAGCCACCGCCCAGGACCCCGCGUUUGACUUUAGCGCGCCGGUCGCAGAGCCGGUGCCGGUGAGGGCGCUGACGGCGGUGGGAGCGGAACUGCCGGUGCCUCAAGUGGACCCUGCCACCCUGCCGCCGCUCACAAACGUGCUGGGACCUCUGGAGGCGGACCUUCUGGUGGAGGACUACUUCAUCAGCUGGCUGCCCACCAACUCCUCCUCUGGAGAGCUGUGCCAGAUGACCAGCGCGGGGGAGCUGCCAGAAGCAUUCCUGCUGGGAGACUUCCAGGAUUUGGUGGGCUAUGAGGAGGACUGCACGCCAGAGACGCUGCCAGAGGUGGGCGGCGGCGAGCUGGUGGCCUUCUGA